GCCACAAAACAUCCACAUGCAUGUCUCAGAGCAGAACCAUAGUCUUUGCUUGACUAUCUAUGCCCUGGAGAGGAGAGGAGUGAGAUGUGGCCAGCAGAGUUGUUUUUAUCAGAGAGUCAGAUGAGGAGAGAAGUGAGUGAUGAAAAGAGAUAGAGAGCAGAGAUGACAGCUGUUUGACGGCAGGAGGAGGGAGCACAUGUGAACCAUCAAAUGUAAAAAGACAGAGGAUGCACCACGCUGGAGAAACACAGAGCAAGACGUCCAUGUGCUAAGAAUGAGUGAAACUCUAAGACAGCUUGAGCCUCAGCUAUCAGUCCAACCAUCGUCACAGCCAGAACCUGAGAGGCAGCUUCAGCCUCCACCUCUAUUUCAGCUAGCAGUACCCACCCAAGAUCCCCCCACUCCCCGUCAACAAACCCAGCUCCAGUCUGAGCUACAGCUGUCAGAGUCUAACCCUGAGCACCAAACAAAGCCAGCGUGGAUAAACCACCGAAAGCUGCUUCUCUUCCUUUUGGGCUUCUCCUUAUGCGCUGCCAUUCUGGGACUAUCUUACUAUAUGCAUCACAGUCUUCAAAAUAGGAGCAAUAAACAGGCGGGCUCUGAGACUCCAUGUCUCUCUCCAGCCUGUCAGAGGGCCUCGGCCCGUCUGUCCACAUCUGCUGAUCACUUCACACGGCCCUGUGAUUACUUCCUGGUCACAUGCGGCUCUGACAGACUUUCAACAGACAGUGUGGGGAGACAGUUAGGUCAGGGUAUCCCUGGACAGCCACAGAACCAGGAGGAAAAGGUCAUGUGGCCGGAGAGGAGAGGGCAAAGUAAAAAGAGAGAAGACAGAAGAGUGGACAGAAAAAGUGUGCUGCUGCAGUAUCUCAGGGAGAUUUUGGAAUCAAACGACAGACCAGGUAGUACAGCGGCACAGAAAGCCAAAGGAUUCUACCAUUCCUGUUUGGACACCAAAUCCAUUGACACUGCUGGAGCAGAGCCCUUCCUCACACUCAUCCAGAAACUAGGAGGCUGGGCAGUAUCAGGCCAGUGGAAUCGGACCGAUUUUAACUCCACCCUGAGCUUGCUAAUGAGAGACUAUGCCACCUUUCCCUUCUUCAGCCUCCACAUGGGCAAACACCCAAACGAAACUGCCCACAGAACAGCCAAAAGAUACAUACAGAUUGAUCAGCCAGAGCUGUUGAUCCCGACUGAAUGGAACAGCAAGACACAGAAGUCUCAAGCGAACACUCAGACGCUACGUCCCUUCUUGGCAUCAUGUCAGAGGUACCUGGCACUGUUGGGGGCCCCACCCAGCAGCAGCAUGAUCCACGUGGGCACGUUCAUCUCUCUGUCCUCUGAGCUCGCUGUGGCUGCCGCACCUCUGCGCUAUCGUCUGUCGAAAGGGCAGCUCUAUCAGCGCAUGACCAUCAAAGAGCUACAGAGCCAGGCCCCUGCCAUUGACUGGUUGGGUUGUCUGCAGGCCGCUUUCCAUCCGCUGCCUCUCGUCGAAGAUGAUCAUGUCCUUCUGCAUAACUUAGCCUACAUUGUGCAGAUGUCCCGCAUCAUUGGCAAAUGGCUGAACAAGCAUGAGCUGAGAAGCAGCGGCCCCCUUCAUACUUACAUGGUCUUCUAUCUGCUGCACACCCUGAUGCCUGCUCUAGACUCCCGAUUUUCUGAAACAGCGAAGAAUUUGUCUGUAGCUCUGGGUAACAGUGAAGGGGAAGUCCCUCGCUGGAAACACUGCGUGUUAGAGACCGAGAGAGGAUUUGACUUAGUUCUUUCAGAGCUCCUCAUUCAAAGGACAGCACACAGAGAGGCAGAGGAGAUUAUUCAAAAUAUCUUUUCCUUCUUCAAGUCCAAAUUACGCGAACUCAUGGGGACAGAUCAGAAGUCUCUCCAGUUUGUCAUGAAAAAGGUUCACUCUUUAAUUCCAAGACUUUGGACUACAAAAGAGAUCUCUAGUGAGGCAGAUCUUGACCUGCUUUUUUCCAAGGUGACAGUCAGCACACGUGGCUUCUUCUCCAACUACGUCCAGCUACUGUCCGUGUGGCAAAAGAGGCGCAGUCAGCUCUUGACUGAGCAGACUGACGCGACUGAUAUUCUGUCUGUUACUCCACUUCUCCUGGGUAAUGAGCUCCGCUUUCCAGUAGGAAUGUUCGUCCCUCCCUUCUUUCAUCCUACAUAUCCCAGGGCAAUGAAUUAUGGUGCAAUAGCUUUCCUUAUGGCCAAAGACAUCCUCCACCUGAUCCUGUCUGACAAUUGUUUACUGGGAUAUCGUGUUAAUCUCCAUUGUGGUGUAGUUUAUUCUCAGAGUGAGACGGUGUACGCCGUGGGGGAAUGUGUGUGGGCUCACUACCUCGCCGUCACACAAAAAACAGGCCGAGGUCGAGCGUUUUCUCUCUCGGCAGCGCAGCAGCAGGAGGUGUGGGUGCAGUAUUCUGCACUGCAGAUAGCAUUGCAGGCUUAUCACCAGAGUCUGAAAAACCACCCGGGUGACACUUCCAUCUCAGGACUAUCACACACUCGUUUGUUUCUCACAUCUUUUUCUCAGGUUAACUGUGACUCAGACCCAUACCGUAAAUUCAUGCCCUUGGAGCCCUCCUUUUUGAUUACAGUCAUUUGUGCCAAAUCUAACCUGUGUCCUACAAGCCUACAGUGCCACAAUAAAACCCAGCAGCACUUAUUACAACCAUGCUGAAUACACUCCUCUAAAGACCUGCAGGUUUUGUGUUUCUAGUUUCUGAUUAUUACGGAUUGUCUUUAAACUAUCAACUUGGUGCUGUAGAAAUUAAGUGUACACAGUGGAUGUUGGCAAACUCUUGUUACAAUAAAGAUCAUUAACAACAGAUAUUUAUGGUGACAGCACCUACAGUAUGUAAGGUGACAUUUUUGUAUCAGUAGUUUUUAAAUGUUUGCAUUUCCAUAUAUCGCACAAGCUGUUAAGUAUUCAUCUAGAUAAAAUAAAGAUUUGAAAAUUCAUUUUCACUUAAUGUUUCACAGUUUCACUUUAUAUUCUCUAUAUUUCCCUAACCCUAACCCAUGGUUAAACCAAUUUACAUUACAACACCAACAGUUUUAAAUGAGCUCCUAAUAAGCUGCAGGUUAGUCUCCUGGACCAGCAGUUAGUCACACAGCAACUAAAGAAUUGCUAUUUUUCUACAAAAUUACAACAUUACCAUUUCGAAAUCAGGUCACAUGUGCCUGUCAAACUUUCUAAUAGUCCAGUGGGCACAGAAUCCACAGAAACAAGCCUGAAAGACUCCCAAACCAAAAGGCAAAUCACACAAACCAACAGGCAAGACUCAAAACCCAGCAGCCAGAUCACACAAACCAAAAAGGAAGACACCCAAAGCAAGAAGAAAAACACCAAAGCCAGUGGGGACAAGAAGGUCUGCCAGUAACCAAGCGGCAUCGGUUUGAAAGGCACCAAGGAAGGCUCAAAGUGCCAAAACAAAACUGCCAUCAGAAUAAAUCUUCUUGGAAAAGACAGCCACAAAGACAGAGGCUUGCUAA